AUCGUGUGGAUUUUAUAAUAUAAUAUAAUAAAACAUAAUUCGGUGUGAAUAAAAAGUAAAAUAAAAAAUAUGAACAAGGGAGAAGAAAAUGCAUCGGAAAGCGAAAACGACGAAGAUUUUUGCAUAGAGGGUGAAAAUAUUGAGUCUGGCAGUGACGACGAAAGCGGUAAUAAUGACUCUGAGUCGGAAGACUUUGAUUCUGACGACAAUUCUUCCGAACCGACCAGGAAUAAGAAAAAAAGAACUAUAUCGUCUAAUGUAUUUGAAUCUGAAAGUUCCGUACCUCGUAAAACCAGACAAUCAAACCGAAUCAAAAAUGGUAUACAAAAUAUGGUAAAAGACGAGCUGGAAUCAGAUGAGGAAACAGAUAAAUCCCGUUCCAACGCGCUCUGGGCUGAAUUUUUAAGUGACGUUGGGAGUGACAAUCAAAUUCAACAUAAGCCGAAAUCAGUGGAGAAACUAGUAGAACUCACCGACGACAACAAUAUCGCUUCAAAGGAAAAGAUUUCAGCAAUCCACAAACCACAAUCCAAAAAUUCUACCAAUGCAAGGGAAUACCACGAGCAACCUACAGCCACCCAUUCGAAAUGCUUACCUCGCGAAUCCAAAAGAUCGCUAAAUGGCGAUGGAGUUGGCUCUCUUCUUAAUCAACUAAGCAAAAAAAAAAAACUGUCUGUGCUAGAAACGUCGCAAAUGGAUUGGAAAACUUUUAAAACAGACGAAGGUAUCAAUGAGGAGCUCCGCACGCACAAUAAGGGCAAGGAUGGCUAUUUGGAACGGCAGGACUUUUUACAGCGAACCGAUUUGCGACAAUUUGAAAUUGAGAAAAACUUACGCCUAACGCGCCGGAAAAAUUAAGGCAACCUGCCUCGGCCAUCGUUGAUACUUAUUCCCUUUUAUGGAAAUUUCAAAUUUAAAUCCACACACGGAUUCUACGCAAUUUUGUAGUUGAAAGAGCUAUGCUUCAAUUCAAAUGAAUUGUUUAAAUUUAAAUCUAGUAAAUUACCACAAAUAUUUAUAUGUGUGAUUUAGUCAUUUUGAUUGAGUUCUGUUCUUGAUCACCCGAAUGCCAAUAAUAAUAAUAAAAAAUAGUUUCUGUAUUACUGAAACGA